UCUGCAGACAUCGACAACCACCACGCGCUCAUCGAGUUCAAUGAGGCCGAGGGCAGCUUUGUCCUCCAGGACUUCAACUCCCGCAAUGGCACAUUUGUCAACGAGUGUCACAUUCAGAACGUGGCCGUGAAGCUCAUCCCUGGAGACAUCCUGAGGUUUGGGUCCACCGGACUGACCUACGAACUGGUCGUCGAAAAUCCUCCCCAGGUCUCCUACCCAUGGAUGAGGGCUCCUGCACCUUGGCCAAGGCCACAGUCACCUCGGACCACACAGCCACCCACACAGUUGCCCUUGCCACAACACAUCCCCUUCCACCAGGGCAUCCGACCAAUCCCCAUGCAGAGGAGCUGGUCCCAGGGGUUCCCCGGGCCCUCCAUGAUCCCGCCAGUGUCCCACCAGCGGCCCGUCAGUGCUGGCGGGAAGAUGUUCUCCUUCAUGAUGGACCACAAGACCCCUGUCGUCAAGCAAGUGUGGACCAGCGCUGUGGAACUGUCAGAAGAAACCGUGGCCAAGGGCCUCCCCGGGGCCAUGCCUUCCCCUGAGAUCUACAUGGACCAGGACCUGGCCCAGCAGGACAAGGAUGAAAUCAUUCUGCUUCUGGGGAGAGAAGUCAACCGGCUCUCAGAUUUUGAAGUGGAAUCCAAAUACAAAGACGCAGUGAUAAUAAACCUGCAGAACGAAUUGGCAGAGCUGAGUCAGAGGCUGUCGGAAACCAUGCCCCUCAGGCAGAGCGACAGGGCCAUUCCACAGAAGUUCCAGGGGCUAGAAGAAGGCGAGGAUCCCAGACAGAAGGAAAUUGAGAGCUUGAAAAACCAGAUCAGUGCCCUUCAGAAAGGCUACAGUCAGAUGCUCAGCCAGACCCUGUCUGAGCGGAACUCGGAGAUCGAAUCCCUGAAGCGCGAGGGUGAAAACUUGAAGAAGGACAGCGCCAUCAAGUCAGAGAUGGUGACAGCUUUGCAAAAAGACAUGUUAGCAAGGAAUGAGCAAGUGCAAAACCUGAAGGAUGAGGUGGACCAACUGAAGACUCAGAACAAGGAGAAGGAACAGGAGCUUGUAGCCCUGGGCUCUAGGUGCUCUGUGCUGAAGGAAGAGCUAAAAAGGGAGGAGGCCCAGAAGGAGCACCGGGAGGCCCAAGAGAAGGAGCUAAAACUCUGCAGGAGUCAAAUUCAAGACAUGGAGAAAGAAAUGAAGAGGCUCAGGGAGGAGCUGAGGAAGAGCUCUUCUGAACAGAGCACCAUCUUCAAGACCCUGCGAGAAAAGAGCAAGGUUGAAGAGAAACUUCAGGAGGAUUCCAGAAGGAAAUUGCUUCAGCUGCAAGAAAUGGGCAACAGAGAGAGCCUCAUUAAAAUCAAUCUGGAAAGGGCAGUAGGUCAGCUGGAACAUUUCAGAAACCAGGUCAUCAAAGCCAUCUUCGGACGAACCAAGCCAUUCCAGGACAAGCCCGUCACCGACCAGCAGCUGAUAGAGAAGAUCCUCCAGGUCACCGAGGACAACCUCAACUUCCAGCAGAGAAAGUGGAGCCUGCAGAAGGAGACACAGCUCAGCAACUCCAAGCAGGAGGAGGCAUCGGGGAGCAUGGAGAGGCUGAAGACACUGCUGGACGGCUGCCAGGCUUGCAUGAGAAAAUCUUGCUGCAGUAGCGAGCUGAAGCGCGAGGUCAGCCUCCUUCAGCACCUUCAGGUGAGCCCGUCUGUGUCAGGGCUGCAGAAGGUGACACUGGGCAUCCUGAGCCUCUCACUGUCCUGGCUGGAGGAAGUAGAGAAGCUCCUCAGGGACCUUGGCAUCCAGCUCUCGGGCUCUGACAAAGGUGACCGACUUUUCUUCUAG